CUUCAUCGUUCCCCUACCUGAUUCAAUAUUACUUGAUCUACACUUGACUACUGAAAGAUGCAUAAACAUCUUGUCAUCAGUGGCCUGCUUCCUUAGCUCUAGCAGACUUAAUGAGAGUCAGUUUUUACGGCUCUUGUGGUUUGCCGGGCGGGAAGUGGCUAUGACAAUAGGUGGUCAAUCUAGAGGCUUUUCAUGGCAUGUGCUCUCUUGGGCGCCAUGUGGCUUCUCUUUUGAUAUUGUACUUGUGUCGUGCAUAAACAUCCUGUCAUCAGUAGCCUGCUUCCUUAGCUCUAGCAGACUUAAUGAGAGUCAGUUUUUACGGCUCUUGUGGUUUGCCGGGCGGGAAGUGGCUAUGACAAUAGGUGGUCAAUCUAGAGGCUUUUCAUGGCAUGUGCUCUCUUGGGCGCCAUGUGGCUUCUCUUUUGAUAUUGUACUUGUGUCGUGCAUAAACAUCCUGUCAUCAGUAGCCUGCUUCCUUAGCUCUAGCAGACUUAAUGAGAGUCAGUUUUUACGGCUCUUGUGGUUUGCCGGGCGGGAAGUGGCUAUGACAAUAGGUGGUCAAUCUAGAGGCUUUUCAUGGCAUGUGCUCUCUUGGGCGCCAUGUGGCUUCUCUUUUGAUGUUGCAUUUUUUUAUUUUUUUAUUAUUUGUUUUUUUAUAUUUAUUUAUUUAAAAGUAAUGACUGCUUGACAGUUAACGAUUUACGUAUCUCAAGUCUAUA